UUUUCAAGUUUGCAAGCUGCAGAAACGGGCUGAACAGUUCAUGGAAAUGUUCAAUGUGUUUGAAUUAAAGAUUCUGGGCUAUAACCUUGAGUUUUCCGCUCCUCCAGAGAAUUUCUUCUUCCUCCUUUGAUACUUGCCGAGCUUUGUUUGGGCGCUUACAGCAUGGCCAGCCAAGCGAAGCUGUUUUGCUUUGUCCUCCAACACGUCUCUGGACGAACUAAAUUCUCGGUCAUGUAUGAUGAACAGGGUGCAGCCUUUGUUCCUUUAGUGUCUAUCAAGCGAUGCCAUCAUUACUUAAAGGCUUUCGGGUUCAUAAUCUUCGCCUUUUUUAUUGUUUGUCUUCGGCAUAGAAAUGCUCGAGCAAAGUGUUAAGCUCAGCCAGCUCUUAAUUUUCUAUUUCAUCAGUAAUUUCCUUAUCUACGCACCAAUUCUUCGAAACAGAGAGCCAAAAACCAGUGCUUUUCCCAGUGUUUUCGUUUUUAGAGCAGUUUUUCAGCUGCUCUACAGUUGUUUCGGUUGCAAAAGCAAAUGCGCUGCAAAUGCCAACUAUUGCGGUUUUCCUCGAAACUGGCCCGGAGCGGAUCCAAAUUUUGCGCCAUUUAGAUGGCGCAUUUGAUUGGCUCUCGGUGAGUUCCUUUGUUUAUUAGCCAAUCAGAAUGUCACGUUUGUUACUCUUUUCUGCACUCAAUUACCUUUUUCUGCACUGUGUUACCUAAAAACUGCAUUUCUCUUAGCCAGUCACAAUCGAGAAACUUUUUCAUGUAUAUUAUUAGUAAAAAAACAAAAGUUAUAGAUGUCAUUAGUCUCGCUUGUGUAAGCAGUGAGACUCAUAAUCUGCAAGCCAUUUUUCUUUCUAUUUAUGACACAGAAACCUCAUAUCCUCGAGCAGCUGUUCAAAAUACUGGAGUGAAAACUUUUCAGUUGCUUACUCUGACAGCUAGCUUUGAAAUUCUUGUUGAUCUGGAGAUGGGUUUGACUGUACAGAUCGAGCCAUGUCCUUUUUUUUUCUGUCAAGACUGAUGUAUCAGGCAAGCACAGUAUCUUCAAUGCUUUUGUAGCUGAUUUUUGUCAUCAUUUUAACUGUAAAUUGUCUGAAUUAAGCAUUCUCAAUUAUACCCCAUAGUAUUUCUAAACAUGUUUUUCUUUCUGAAGCACUCAUGAUCUAAAGAAAUGAUGGGCUGUGGGAACAUGAAGUCUAAGGUCUGUGACGUAUUUCCUUUUUCAUUAACCCAACACAAAAGUUAAGUUUCUUUCUGCUAAAUGUUCAUGCCCAGGCUGAGUUUUGGUUGCGUUCUUAUGCUGCCGAAUGCAAAUAUUCCUAGUCACUUGAAUCCUGCUAGAGAAAGCAAGUUAUAUGCUCCUUACAUGUGAUACAUGAGCCACUGGGCUUGAAGGUAGACUGUAAUUUAUACCUUACAGACUGUACCUUUAAUAAGCUUAUGGUUAGUGUAUAUAUGGUUAAAGAUAAAAUCACAUUAUGACCUGAUUAUGUAGUAAUCCUACAUUAAUUAACCCACAAAACUUGUCUCAUUUGUUGAAACACGUGUCACAUUACGCCCUCCCCAAUGUUAAUUCACAUACUCGUAUCACCCUUUUGCAAAUGUAUGAGAAUCUCAACUUUGGGGAAAGGAAGGACAGAUAAACCCAGGAAAAAGUUAAAUAAGUUGAUGGAGAAGGCAUGACCUGAAAAAUCUUCACUUUCAGUCUGUGUUUCAAUGAAAUUUGAUAACUAUUGCAGCCCAAAUAGGAUUUUUUUCUUCCACAGGCACUUUUAGAGAUCCACUACCUUGAAUUUUUUUCUUGUACAUAUAUUUGGUGGGUGGGAUGUUUCGGGGUCUUGGUCAGAGACAGUCACAAAAGUGUAGGAGCUUUUCACUUAUAUCACUAUUAAUUUCAGACUUGACCAAAAACCGGACCCAUACAUAAGAAGACUUUGGGACCCAUGGUAGAGAUUCAGCUUUAUCCCCAGCAUGAGGACGAUGUAGAGGACAUUAUUAAUUUUUACAAGCAAUGUCUUUCUUAAUUAUUCCUGUUUAGUCUUUCCUGAGAAAUGUUUUAUGCUCAUUGUACUUGUCUACGCAUAUAGUUUACACAAAUUAGCCUGGUUUAAAUUGCACAAAUGCAAUAUUAUUGAAUGAACACUGUUAUUUGUAUUGAUACAACUUACUGUAAUAGCAAGAUAACUGGCAUACCAUGCAUGUACCAUUUCAAUUUUCGUACAGUUUCUGUAGCAGAGUGAAGCAGCACCUCGGCAAUCUUGAAAGUGGAUCACGUAUCGGACAGGUUUCAGUGCCACUCUUUUGUUGAAUGUGUACAGGUGUGCCCACCAUACCAGUUAGCUUGUGGCUAUGAAAAAAUAUGUGUAAACAUAGCCUUAGUAACAGUGUAGGAAUUAACAUGUCUGUUUAUAUAAUAUGGGCCAGCUUGAGAGGUAAAAAAUUCAGUUUUUCUGUAAUCCUAAUAUCGUCAAAUUUUUUGCCUGACUCUUACUUGCUUUGAUGGUUGAAGUGCUGAAUCUAUGGCUACAGCAUGGUGUAUAUGGGUAAUAUUAUUACUGAGAGUCCAUUAAUUUGUUUUGUUGGUGAUAAACAUUUUUUGUUUUAGAAUAAUGAUUUCUUUUCUUAAGGGAAUGUCCUAAAUUACAAUUUUGUUAGCCUCUUGUACAAAUAUAACAAUGUUAUUUGGGAUAUAUCGUUUAUGAAUUGUGGAAUUUAUUGAUAUGAGGUUAGAGUACAUCCAGCUAUUAAUAAUACUGGUUUAAUUUUGCCAAAGAAAUUCCGGACAAAAAAUUAUCAGGUUCUGUUUCUUUCAUUUUAUUUAUCACUUGGUUUAACCUCUGAGCUUAUAGGAUUACUAAUCAAAGUAUUAUUUAUCCAACUUCUGGUAGCUAAAAACACCAGGGAUAUUUGAGCUCUCUUCCCUUCUAGGAAAUACAAAGCAUUCUGUAUCCCUGUAUGUGCGAAUAUUCGUAAUCAUUAUAGCUCAUGAUAAGAUAUGUUGUAGAGGAGAUUUUACACUGUUUGAAGAACUCAUUUUCCUUGGAUCGUAUUAAAUUUCGUUUGUCGUAUUUUUUUUUUAAUUUGUUGCAUAAAAUCCCCAGUGUUUUUUUGAAGAAAGGGCAAACGUGGGUUUGUUUACAUCGUGAACGUGACCGAAGUAUCGUUCUAUUUUGCUGAGUGAUGAUGACGUCAGUGUUUCAUGUAUAGAGCCACGGAUUGGCCAAUCAGGGCGUGUUUAAGAAUGCGACACUGUUUUAUCCGUGACGUAAGCACAAACCUGAUAGGCUCAGGAAACACCAGUUUUGCCACAUCUUUCCACCAUUUUCCGGCCCUUCUUGCAAAACAACCGUACACAGGAAAAGGAAAAAUAUAUCCUUCAAAGGCAGCAGCUGUAAAGGUGUAUCCAAAAAGCCAUCCCUUUGAGCAAAGGUCCUGCCAUUUUUCGAGUGUUUUGCUCUGUAACCGUGACAAUCGCCUCGAGUUGAUUCAGUGGGUGGAGCCCGAUGGCCAAGGUUAGCGUUGUGAUUGGUUGGUAGAGUCUUAUUUGACAAACCAGGUCUCGUGAUCCCAUAUACCCAGUGGUCGGAAUGAAAACAAUAACAAAGACGAAAAUUUUGCCUCGAACCACUGGCAAAAUAUCUGUGUUUUAUCCUUGAAAGCGAACGUUUACAUUUUAUUCAAUCAUAGAAGUACAUGCUGCAAGGAGUAGAAUUUACUCCAGUAAGUAUUUGAAUCGGAAAAAUUGCCCCUUAUUCUCUAAGAACAAAUAUCCACGCUCUUUCUAAGAAUUUUCCCUCGUGAACGACGGGUUGUAUUUGCUCAGUUAUAUAAUAAUUGCUUCCUCGUAUGUUUAUUUCUUAGCUUCCAAAGGACGUGGAGAGUUCAUUUGAGGACAGCUUUGGGAGUGUGUUUUCUCCGUUCGAAGACGAUGAUUUUGAGGCUGGAAGAGCGAUAUUUAUGGGGGGAACGAACGGAGAAAAAUUUGGUUGGGACAAUUUCCAAGCGUUGCCCAGUUCACCUCUUGGCGGGUAUGGGGGAGACCUUGAUGUGGAGUUGGAAUUUUUCAGAAGUGAUAGAAUAAAUGAGGAAUGCAAAGUAGCUGGGCCAACUUUAGCCGAGCUAAAUGAUGAUCAUCGCUCACUGUCGCCGCUUAUAAAUCCAGAAAUGGAGCGACUUCAUCGCAUAGCCACUCGAACGGAAGGCGAAUUAUCCUCUUCAUGGGAUUGCUCAACAUCUCGCAAGCCGCAGGGCUAUAUCGCUUUGGAGCUUACUGCAGAAAAUGUUGAAAGGCCGAGAAGUAUUGAAAUAAAAAAAGAACCUGUCGCUUCUAUUGCUUCUAACUGCGAGUAUAACGACAGAUUUGAAAACCCUACCAACGUUAGACAAACGGAGAGGAAACCGCCAAGUAAACCAACCUGGACUCUGACCCAAGAAAAUGCUUGGCGGAGCACCGUGGAACAAUUGACGCCCGACCAAGGAAAACCGACGAGAAUGAUUGUUUUGCCGGACAGAAAAUUAGGUUUGGGUAGCGAUGAAGUUAACCAAAUGCCAAAGUUAGUUUCUGCGGAAAUGAAAGGUCGAUUGUAUGAGGAGCGCGAGGAAGGACAAUCGCGGAAGAAAGUUGAGAGAGACAGUGAAGCCGAAACGAUGGAAGCUGAGCCGAACAGCCCGCCGAUGGAAGAGGAAUCGGCCGAUGAGGAGAUGGAUAGCGACGACGAUUUUGAUGUGGGAAACCACUCGCAAGGAGCUGGCUUAGCCAGGAAUAGGAAGGGUCGGAGGGGGGAACACGAUGACCUUUCCCCAAAUCCAAGAAAACUGUUGGAAAUUAGCCGAGAAUUGGAUCGCCUGAACAAAGUUAUUGGUGAUCUAAAACCGAUCCACCAGUUACCACAAAACGCCAGGAACAAGUCGAGGAAAGAGAAAAACAAGCUUGCUUCAAGGUAUUAAAUUAUUAGAUCAAUUGUACUGACAGUCCAAACAUAUCAGGUGAUAUUUGUGAGAAAAUUCUAGAACAGUUUACUGUACAUGUGCAACUGGAAAUGGCAAAUUUACUGCUCUUGUCAAUUUCGUUCUUGCACAUGUGAGCUUAAAUGACAGUCUUCCUUCGCGCCUGUGUUAAAAUAAAAGGUUCAUUUGUUAUUGUGUAAUUUUUCGUGUCAACAGCCGUUGUUUUAGAUAAGGCAAACUCGCCAUUUUGAAAACAGUCUGUAGUCUUUAAUCCAAACUUAUUGGUCCUGGAUUUCUGUGAUGAGUGCAGGCACAUGUUGGUCAGCUGAGGUUUAUUUUGUUUGUUUUCAUUAGGGAGUCAAAAAUAAAUUUUUGUACUUGUGCAUACACUCACGAUUGCUGAACUUUGGCAUGUUAUUGAUUCAUGACAAAAUGUUGAAAAAAUUCCCUGCUGUUACAGGAAAAAAAAAACAAUAACGUUUCAGUGGGAUAUUAAAAUUAAUUGUAGGGAUAUAGGACCACGCUUGAGAUGGAAAAUUUACAGGGAAUGGAAUUUCAAUAGUGGGAAAAAAUCUUGUGCCAUCCAGUACUAAGCUGCCUUAAAUUCAGGUUGUUUAAUGCUUCACUGGCUAUUUAUAGUAUUUGAAAGUUCUUAGAUGACAGUUUGGACAUUCUCCUGACCCCUCAAUUAUUAGUCACGAAUAUCCGAGAUCAGAAAUUAAUAAUUUGUGACUUUUAAACAGAACAUUAUGAGUUUACAUGCAUGUAUAAAAAACACAGAUGUAGCCAAUUGUUGUUUUAUGUGAAUAAGGGUAUUAGUGUGUUAAAUUUCUAGUUUUUAACUGCAGGGUGGCUUCUUAAGAGAACUUCCAAAAUGGUAAAGCUGAUCAAUUAGGAUGAAGCAUGAAAUGAGCAAAAACAAAAGCCAAAUUCAAUAAUUAGCCAUAUGAUACAUGUACAUGUAUAUUUUUAACCUUAUAACAUCCUCAUCUGUGUCAAAUUUCUUUAAAACAUUUCCUGUUCCUUGGAAGUGUCAGCAUGUGAAGGAGUCUUGUUUUUCUGUGGAUAUUCCUAAAAAAGCAGUUGGCGCAUGCAUCAAGUUGUUUUUUUUGUGUACAGUGUCUUGUUGCUAUCUUUUUUGGUCAUCUUUGCCUACAUGUAGCUGUGAAAUGUUGUGCCAUUUUCAUGAGGCUUGCACUGCUGUUCAUAACAGCUAAGCUGGACCACACUGCUGUCUUGUGGAACAUCAUGCACAGAUAAUUUUGCUGUAUUAUUCCACCAAUGACAUCAGUGGUGGAACAAACAUCAAAUAUCUUCCAAAUUUGGCCAGUGCUUCAAACCUGGUUGUGUAAAUGAAUUGAUUGUAAUGAGCAUUGACAUGUAUAGUUAGAAACAUUUUGCAUUAUUAUAUUUUAAUACCAUUGUAAGUGUAUAAUAAGAAUAAACAGACCUUAUUCACGGUACCCGUCAUCUUUGCACAUACUUUAGAAUUGAUGGAGUAAAAGCAGUGUCAUAUGGUACAGUGUAAUUCAGGGGGUAAACAAGUGAUAAAAUUUGCCAUUAUAAGCAAUCGCAGUCCAGUUUGUUUAUUCUGUCAAAACGAGACGACAGAUUACAUGUACAUGCUGUAGUGGUCUUGCUAAAGUUUCAACAAGUGAGAUUUAAGUCAUUAUUGUUUGUUGUCAGGACAUCUACUAGUGGUAUUGCAUCCAAAGAAGUAACAACGAUCACUUCUACCCUUAAUUUGCCAUUAUCAUCUUAACUAUAAGAUGAAAAGUUCCUCAUUUGCUGUUGUUUAGAAUAAACAAACUUGGCUGUGAUUUGUUGUUUGCCCCUGAGAAAUUACAGUAUAUGGCAUUGCUUUAGUCCCAUCAGUUAAGUGUGUGUAAAGAUGGUGGGUUUUGUGAAUAAGGCCUAUUAUUCCAUUACAAGAUUUGAUUUUGCAUGUGGUUUAGUCAUGUGAUGGUACUAUAUUAACUUCUUGGUCUUAUACGUUUACAGGGCUUGUAGAUUGAAGAAGAAAGCUCAGCAUGAGGCUAACAAGGUGAAAUUACAGGGAUUAGAGAUGGAACAACGUAAGUUUUUUUUUCUAUGUGGAUUCUUCUCCCAUGGGGUUGCUCUGGAUUUCAAGUGAAAAGGAUGGUCAAAGAAUUAUUUUGGGGGGGGUGGAAUUUUCCGAUUCGGGAUUUUUUGGGUAGGAAAAUUUGGCAAGGCGUUGGUUUUUUCAAUCGGUGGCUAGAUUUAAGUAGGUUUUUUUCCGGCAGAUUCAUGGUAGUGCUCGCAUGUUUAGAGUUGUUAUUCUGCAUUAUUACUGUUAUUGUUGAAACUGAAGAUGUUCUUGGGUGUCUCAAGUGUUGAUGCGGAAAAGAUAACUUUAGAUGUGUGACGAAUAAACAAACGCAAAUAAUUUCUGAUUUAUUUAAUGCUUUCCAGAAAUUUUUUAAGGAUGAGAAAUUCUGCAUGGUUUUUUUGGUGGGGUUAAUUUUCAGAUUGUUUGGGUUUUGUUGGAAGCCCCAGGGAUUUUUUUGGUAGUUGAUUUUUGCCCCCAUUUGAUCAUCCUCAUCAGUUGGAAUCUUUCUUCUUUUAUUGUCAUUGUAACCAUCAUGCUGUACAGUACUGUUCAACUGCAUGUGGAUUUCCAUAUAAGGGUCCUUUGGUAGUUAACAUUAAUAUCAUUAGCGAGAUGAAAUUUGAUACUUGCUGGUUUGCAGCGCAAGUCAUGAGUCCUGCCAAAAUCUUUAUUAUUUUGACCACCAAGAUGGUCACCUUGGCAUGUGGUUGCAACCUCAGAAAUACCAAAGUAGCAGGAAUUUGUUGUCUCUUACUGAGUUACAGGAGCCCACUGUUCAUUGUAGACAUUCUUCAACAUUAGACGGCUGUCCAGCUUUGUAAAAAAGAGAUUAGGGAUAUUUGGAGCAAAUGUCUCAGUCUUGGCAUUAUUGCUUUGUGACAUACCGUAAAAUUCCAAGAAUAAGCCCCAGGGCUUAUAUUUUUCAAAGGCCCUUUUGGAGGGGUCUAUAUUUGGAGGGGCUUACGUACGGAGAGAAAUUUGCGUUUCAAAACCGAUUGGGUUAGCUUGUAGUGGGAAAGAAAUUUUUUAUUUACCAUUUUUGGGUUGUUUUACUUUGUAUCUGAAAGCAAAUUCCAAGUACUUGCCCCCUGGGGGCUUAUAUUUGGAGGGGCGAUUUAACUGAGCGUUUUUUCUGUUACGAUUUUGGGGAGCUUAUAUUUGGAGGGUUUUAUACAUGGCGGGGCUUAUUUUCGGAAUUUUAUGCUAUCUUUACAUUUUACAUGCAGGCUCAAAAUACAACAUUGUUUUGGUCAUCUUCAAACUCUAUCUCAGGCAUUUAAAUGUACAACUCUGUCGUGAAAUAAAUGUAGCACUGUUACCUAACAAGAGUAUUUUGCCAUCAAGAUGAUGAUGUCAUUAUUGAUGUGUUAUGCAAGAAGUUUCAAGUGCCUCAUGAAGUGGCAAUAAAAAAAUGUACUUGUAGGAUGGUGUGGCUAAAAAUGCAAUUAUUCACUCUCUAUUUAAAUAAUGAGAUCUGUGAUAAUGGUGUGUGCUCCAUGCUAACGGAAAUAAAUAUUAUUGGAACAAUGUACUGACUGCUCACUAAAACGUUCCAGUUUUUGAAAGUGAAUUGCGGUGGCUAUUCAAGAUCAUAUUUCAAUCUCUUUAAGUUACGCAGUCAUACAAGAUGCAUGUAAAUACAAACCUUCAAUACAAAUGUACACUGUAAAAACAGUUUUGAUAGCUGAAAAGAUAGACUUGAUACAAAAAUACUGAGUCAUGUUAACCUACAACUUCACAGAAAUUUCAGUUCCCUGAUCAGGCGACUAGGAUCCUAAACUUAGUUGCUUGGAUGAAAUUUGAAGUUGCCUCGGGUAAUCGGGCAGCUGUUAAUGUUGAGCCCUGCAAAAUGUAUGUGUCUGCGGAAACUUUCCCACUUGAGGCAAGUUAGAGAGGAGUGGUUAAAGACAAGUACUUUCCCAUGGGUAAAAGCCAUUUACCCAAAGGUAAAACAUUGCAUCCAUUGAAGCUUUUAACCUUGUAAGUCCCAAUAGUGAUCAACAUCAAUUCUCUCCUAUUGAUAUCCAUACACUGUCAAGAGAUACAGUUAUAAGAAUUAAUGAUCACCCAAGAGAAAAUUCUUUGAUCUUUUAUUAAUUUCUCUGAACUUAUUCUUUAAGGAAAUGUAUGGAGAUCAGUUUGGAGAAUUUGUAUCUGAAUAUUGGGACUUAAAGAAUGAAAAGAGAUAAUCAGGGUUGGUAGACUAUGGGUAUUAACAAAAGGGAGUAUUGUCCUUCACCAAUUUUUUUUUAUCUUGUCAUUCCCUCAGAACGCUUGACAGAAGUCAUUGAAAAGGUGAGAAAGGAGAUCAUAAUAAAAGGCAGUUCUCCAGUAGCAGCACCAAAGCCAAGCUUAAGUGGUCAAGUUGAGUCCCUCAUCAAGGCUACAUUUGGUAGGUUUGGUAUCAUUCUUGAGUGCUUUUGUACAGGUAGCUGUUGCACUUACUCAAGAUUGCCCCCUAAAUAAUUGGUUCAAAUAGACUCUUGGACCCUAGGGGUGCUCAAGAUUAAUGAAUUGAAGCAAUAAAAACGAGUUGAGGACACUAAAAGUAUAACACUUUUUUCUUGAUCAGUGAAUGUGUAGUGUACAUGUACUUGAAGGUGACGUCUGCUUCUCCAUACAAAUUACUUGUGCCUUGAAUAUUCCUUUGUAGCAAAAAGCACCUUUUGAUUUACAUGUAGGUUAAGAGUCACCAAGGGCCUUAUUCCGUAAAACAAUUCAUUGCAAGAAAGUCAAGCCUUUGACAGUUUUAAGUUUCCUCUUUAUACAGUGUAGAUGAUGAUGUAAUUCAUGUCUUAGGCUACAGUGUCAGACCCCUCAAAAAUCAUCAUGGGGAGUAAAAAAGCAUGGAAAAGGGCUGUCUAAAGUGCUAGUGAAGCAGCUCUUCAGGCCUUUGCAUAUUGUAAUUAUGUGUUGCAUAAUACAUUUGGUAAAUUUAGUGAAAAGGGGGUUGAUGGGCCUGCAUUACAGCUCUCAUCUCAUAAACUUCAACAGCAACUUGCCUGAAGGGCAAGCAAUUUUGUAAUUUUUUUUUUGUUUCCAUCUUGCCCAGUUUCUUGUGUGCAGAUGUGUGUUAGUUAGAGUACACACAUCCUUCAAAUGCGUUCACACGCCUCAAAGCAGUUUUUUUUUGUAUGAUGAAUGUGGUAGUUUUAACUUUAAAGCUGUAUAACACAUGCUUUUACGAAGCUGUCGGCAUAUGCAUGUACAUGCGUUACUGUAGGAGCCUACCAUAAGUAAUUCCUGUUGUUAUUUUUCUUAGGAAACCAACUUGUUGCUGGGCACACGUCUGACUUUGUACAUUCUGUUUUGAAAGCUACUGCCAGAGAGAAUCCAUCACUUGGAGAGCUUGAUGAGCUAAGUUUGUGCUUCUAAGCAAGUGUACAGUAAUAACUAUGCUUGAACUGAUUGUCAGUUUGCUUGUAACAAAGUAAUGAUACAGACAAACUGAGGAAUCCUUUGGCUCGAUGCAUAAAAUGUUAAUAAUGUUUUCUUUCUUGAUGAUUUUUUUUUGUAGUUAUGGCAUGCAAGCAUGUUAAAGUGAUCUCUAACAGAAUAAUGAAUAAGUUAAUUUUUACUCGUUCAAACAAUAUUGAUGAUACAGGUGAAAAUUAAAUUCAGGUUGACUCUAAAUUUCCUUUGUCUCCUAGCCCUAAUCAUUCAUGAAUUAGGGCUGCUUAGCAGAUGAAGGGAAUUGAGAAAUAUUGUCGAGGAAAUCAAUUCUGUUUGAAAGGGUUUUUAUCCUGGACUAAAUAAAUAGAAAAAUAGAAUAAAGAGCUUGGCCAAUUUCCAGAGGCAUUUUGUAGAAUAAGGAAGAAAGUAAUGGAGUUUGUGUAGUCUGAGAGGGUGUGGUAUGUUCAUGGCAAAAGUUUAAUUGUUGUUUGGGUUUGGUCAUGUACACAUUGAGUGGUUACUUUAACCCUUUAAUCCCUUUGAUCAAAAUUUGAUUCUUAUUUGUUGUCCCUACUCAUUUUCUAGCAAAGUACUGGGGAGAAGUUGAUAAAAAUUACUAUCAAGCAAAUUCAUUUUGUGUGAUCAUGUCUGUAAUUCUCAUGAUCACUCUGUUGUACAAAGCAUUGAUAUUACAAGGAGAAAUUUGAUGCUGAUCACUCUUAGGGCUUAAAGGGUUAAUGUGUGUACAUGUAAUGUCAUGCACAUGCAAAAAAAUGUGGUGAAAAAAGAGUAGUUUUAGGUCUUUGUACUUAUUGCAUCUGCAAUAUUGAUAAUAAAAAUGACAAUGAUUGCUUUAUUGAGUGCAAAGAUAGUUACAGUAACAAUGAAGUUGACCACAUCAGGAGCUCCAUUUGAGUUUUUGAGUAACUGGAAUAAUUGGAAUGAGACAAAGCGAAAUUGCCUUAAAGAGUAUGUUGAAAGAUCAUUGGAGUUAAAGAAGGUUUUAGCAACCAUGUGAGUAAAAAUAAUUGUGUACGUAGUCAGAGAGUCUAUACAUACAUGUAGAAUGUGGAGAAAUUUUAAUUGGAAAGUUGAUUUCAUCAUAAAUUUAAUGUAGAAAUUUUGCACCUACAAGUUAUAUUAAUCUGGUAAAACAUACAUGUAAGUGGGAUAUGCUAUUUUAGUUUUUUUUUGUUGAUUUUAGUCAGCCACUUAAGUGGUCAACUUCAAGUUGUACAAUACCUUCACAGAGGCACAGACUAUUGGACCAGUUCUGAUGCUAUAGCACUGACAAGCAUUAUUAAUAAGAUACAUACAGAUGGUGUAGGUUUGGUGUUACUAACCAUAAUCUGAAGGCAAUAUUGCUUUUAAAUUGGUUAGGUACAACUUGACCCUUUUUGGGGGGUUUUGGACAAAUAUUCAUUAAUUAUUUUUAUGUCAGUUUCAGAUCAGAACCAUUGUAGUGCUAUAGGAGUAUUAUUUGGUAGGAAUAGUAUAGUUUAGAUCAUUAAUUUUUAUAAAUUUUUUGUUUCAACCAUUUUGUUUGGUAAUUUAAAGGGCUUGAGGAUUUGCAAUAUAACAAGAGAAAUCAGUAGUCAUUUAAGCUUGAACUGCUCCUCUUUCCUCUAGUCAGUUAAUAUUGCAUUUACAGUAUAUCCUGCUAUAGUAGAUUACUCAUACUUUAAAUGUUCUUGCUAACUUCCACCAAAAUAAUGAGUUACUGUUUCUUUCUUUGACUCUGUUUUUUUUAAAGUUUUGUUACUUCAAACAGUUCUGUUUCACCAGAACAUGUUCACUGUUUUAUUGUGACAUUAGCAUUGUUUGCUUCUUAUAGGAGCUGUAGUGAUCAAUAAUUUCUUUCAAAUGAAAAGUUGGGUUGAUAAUCAAGGAAAUGUAGGAAAUGUAUUGCAUGAGCUUGUACAAUGUAGCUUCUUACAGUGAAUGGAAUGCCUUUUUUAUGACUGUAGGGUUUCAUUCUCAUACCUAGAAGUGACUUCAAGUUUGAUAAGAAUACGCAUUUUAGAAGGAGAACUACUUUGUUGUCAAAGAAAAGUAUUUUCACGAAACUACAUCUAUUUCCACCUUUCAGUAAGUUGUUGAAACUGGAUGCAACACGUUCAUCGAUACCAAUAUCAGUUUUGUGUUGCUCUAAUUUCUGAGUUAUGUUAUUGCAGAUGACUGUCACACAAUGCACAGCUGUAGUCACACAGGUAGGUUAGUUGCAAGAAACUGUAUGAAUGCAGCUGUGCAUUGUGUGACAAGCUGUUCUGGUGUUUAUUAUUUUGCCUGUAUUAACAUUUGGUUUUGUUUGUUGAAAUGGCAGAUAGGUUUAUUCAUACCUUACAUCAACAUGUAUAAGCAUUGCUCUGUAAACAAGGCUAGUUGGGUAGUUUCAAACCGAGACUGACUGGGUAAGAACCCAUAUAUUAUGGGAUUUAAAAAGAGAUAAUUAUGUGGCUACGUGUUAUGUAAAUUUUCACAUUUUGGAGUGGCUGUAAUCUACAGUACUUCAGUGUUUUUUUUAUUAACGCCAAACUUGGGCAGUUUGUAAAGCUUGAUGUGCUCUGUUAUUUUUUGCUAUGUAUGGAUCUUGUGUUUAUAAUCCCAUAAUUUACAGCUCAUACCCAGUCCCCCUCGGUUUGAAGACACGUAAUAGAAGGGGAAAACUAAAGGGAAGGGGGAGGGGUUGGGAGAGUCUUAAUUAUUUUACUAAUGUGGCCAGUUUUGGCUUUGACAUUUAAGAUUGUUUUCCAAGGUUCUGCAGGUCAGACCUUGUGUCAUAGUUUCCUGGGAAUGCAUUGUUUGUCUAGACGGAAAAAUAAAAAGCUGGGCUUGUGCCAGCAUUGUUGAAGAGUUUCUUAGAAAAGUAUUUUGAGGUAUUUUCAAGGGUACAGGCUGUGUUAAGCUGCUUGAGGCUAACAAUGGCCAACUGGCCAAAGUGCAGUUGAUUAUUCAAUUUCUGGUAAUGUAAACUAAAAAGAACCAGACGGCAAGCACCCAACUUAGAAGUCUAACAAUUUAGGUGAACAAAGUGAGAAAACAAAAUUGACAACAGACUGUAACAGAAUCUUACAAAUAAUUGAACUUUUCUCACUGAGUUUAUCGCACUUGGCUAAUGAGAUCUGCAGUUUUCUUUGUUAGUAAACGCUUGGCUAGUUGGCUGAAAAUUUGGUGUUAGACCUCUCUGUAUACAUGAAUGCAUUCCCCGGAUGUUAUGGUUAUCAUUGUGUAAUGUUAAACACCAUCUUUAAGUCUCAAAUUUUAGAUUAUCAAGGUGUCCUAUUUGUAACAUAAGAGGAGCAGUUAUCUUUAUAACAGUGUAAAAUAGAUUUUCUGUAUAUAUACUAUUUUAUUAUUAUUUGUACAUUGUAUAAAUACACGCCGAGGGUUUAUGGUAAAUUUUUUAAACCUGUAAGAUAGAACGGGGAACCUCCCACGUGGUUUCAUCAAAUUGUAUUUUCUUAUCGUUGCGUUUUUGAAGUUGGGAAUUAAUUUAAUUAGUCAAGGAUGGUCUUUGGAGUUUCUGUAUUAUAAGUCGUUUAUUAAAUUAUUUGAUUUCUCAACUAAAUAAAAGCGGAUUUAGUGUGUACAGAGUAUGUGGUUUGACAUGUGGUCUCCCUCAUUUACAGGGGGUUCUCACAUCCGAUGAGAUUAUUGCCCCCGCAGGGAUUUGGCCCUAGUGGCUCGUGCGUAUAUAUAGAAAAGUACUUAAAGUUGAAAUAUACCGUCAGUAUACCAGAAAGAAUCUCGAUAUGUUUCAUAGAUCAGGGACGUACGGAAUCGUUGGGUAAUAGUGACGUUUCUAUUGUUAAAGCCCGCAAGUAAGAGAUGGUUAGGAUAACGUAAAACAGAAAAUGCCCGAAGGGACCGUUAAGGUUGAUUUUGUGACGCUUAUUCUACAGUCAUACUUCGAUAUUCUUUUGCGUUACGUGUUAUCAGUGUCAUUCUGUGGAGCAGCUGUUUUGAAAGUUAUGGACCAAAAGACACCCGUUAAGCGCAGAUGACGUUAUAAGGUGCGUAUAUCCAUGGUAUAUAUAAACAACAACAACUUUAUUGACUUUAUCUUCGACAUGAAGAUUUCAGUACCAAAACUUUCAAUAUAACAACAAAUGAAACAAAGUAAAAUAAAAGUUAAGUAAGAGAGAAAGGAACAUCAACUGUAUAUUGAACGUUAAGAUCGAAAAUUACGUGGCUAAGUACGGCUUCUACACUACUAAAGAAAAUUAAAUUAGAUUUCGGAUUUAUAACGAUUUAGAAUAUUUUCAAUAUAAGAAGCACUAAGCUUUAUGAUGUUUUCAUCGCACAUAGACAUGAUAUAUAAAAAUAGUGCCUUGCAAGACAUAGCCGUAAAAUUACUGUUUAUCGAGUAUAGGCUCUCCAAGAAGAUACCCCUUAUAUGAGAAAGUGAUGAUUCGAGUGAAUACAUUUCAACAAAUAGUGGAAUUCAUCCUAAUUUUGGAUCUAUUACAGGGGGCAAAGUGUCUCAACUCUGGGUAUCUUAUUGUA